GGCGUACUCAGAAGCGGUUUACCGAGCGGCCAGGAUGCCUACCAAGGCCCUGUUCGAGGAGUGCAUGGAGCCGGUCAAGAAGGACUUCCCGGCCAACUACGGCAUCCUCAUGCAGAACGACCUCAAGAAAUGGACACACCAUGCCACCCCCAGCAACCUCGUCAACUUGGAGAUGUCCACCUCCAACUCUGCGGAGUCCACCAUUAACGCGGUCGGCCACCAGGUCCUGGAGGACUUGGUCGCAAUCGCUGUUAUGAUUGUGAUAACGCUUGUAGCCAGUGGCGUCGUUCGAUUGCACAAGAAGAGGACCGAUGGCGUACCCCGAGACUCUGCCGACGAAGAUACUGGGAUCAUCGGACAACUACAGCACGCCUCCGAGCGAGGAGGAAGGAGCAGCGCUUGGAACACAGAGGCACACAGUUUCUAUGCGUCUUGUGGUGCUCACAUCGUGUCAACAAAAAUCUCCUCGAGAUCUUCGAUGCACCCAACAGACAUAAUCCACGUGCAACACUCACGGUACCCCGUCAUGUGCACAUUCUCUUUUGCAUGUACAGGACUUCGAAUCGCCAAGGGAGCCGAAAAAGGCAUCCGCUCCACGCAGCCCGCUAUCGCCAUCAUCGCUCAACACGGGCAGAGCACCUUCCGGAGCACGGCUUCAACGAGUCUUAUAUUGGAGGAGAAUUAUGCCCACCGUACACCCGCGGAAUCUUCCGGCAAGAGGAAGAGAGAGCCCAGCUUCGGCGGCAAGAGCGACAAAGGAGGAGUAGGAGACCCGAUGGCGCGGACACAAACAACAGUGCCGACCAAGGUCAAGAACGGCCUGGCUUUCUUUCGGGGUGCGGUGAGCGUGCAGACGUUCAGCGAGGCGGAGCGUCGGCACAUCGAGUCCCGCCUGACGUUCCAGCGAGCCUACGAUAGCGUGGACAUCCUAUCUAACGGCAAGCCCGUCGACGGAGGGAUAGGUCUGGAGAAGGCGCCUGUCCUCGCUUGCCUGAUCGACAAGAUGACCGACCUGGUUGGCGUGCCGCCUGACGGCGUGCACAUGACGACACGGGAGGGCGGGCAGAUACACAUGUCCCAUUCGGACAAGAUGCAAUUCGAUGUGCGCAGCACUGUCCACCUUGGCAAGGACGUCCUCCUCGAUGGGCAAGUCGACCCCGCGAAGUCUACCGGGGACUUCGUGCUCAGUGGCCGCGACCUGUCACAAUCCCUUCUCCUUCAGAUGCGGAGUGGUGAUCCCUACAUCGCCACGGAUAACGUGCUCCAUGCCCCCUACCUCCAAGGUAUCAGGCCCCCCGGCCAAGCGAGUCUUUCGCUCGUUUCCGCAUGGCGUCGCGUCUUCCAUCCCUUCCGGCCCAAGUUCCGCCCUCUGGCAGAGACCUUCUCCUUGCUCUGUGGAGUGGACGCCGUUGACGGUGAGGAAGCCUUUCGGGUCACGAGUAGUGAACUUGUUCCGCCCACGAGAGUCGGGGAACGGAUCCGGCAGCCGGGGGACUUCACGGACGGCGUAUCGCUGUUCCGGCCACCCCCCGAGGCGCAAGCGUCCGCCUACCACAAGCUCGGCAAGCGGAACAAGGGCAAGAAAGGCAGCCCGAACGGAGGUAUGGUUGUUCUUGAUUACACUCGAUCAAGUAGAGUACCGAAGCGGAUUACAGUGCCGAAGUUCCUGUCGUGA